ACGCCUCUCGCUCUUCUUCUCUUAUCCACUAUCUAGAGCAUAGAUGAUGAAAGAAGACGAUUGCUAUGGCUAUGGAGAUUGCUCAUCGUUUCACUGGUUCAUCUAUCGCCUUUAGCGUGGGAAAAUCUAGGAUUAGGAACGGUGUUUCUGGGAUGGCUCGUGUUGGAUUAUCUUCGGUUUCGGCAGUACAUGUACCAAGAAGGAUGCUUAUGCAGCUCGCUGGGUUUGGUUCGGUCUUGACACUUCUGGGUUCUCCUGGUUUAGCGGCGCCUCUUCCUGAAAUGAAGGAACCUCAAGUCAUCAGGACGUUAAAGCUCCCAAGUGGCGUGAGGUUUCAAGAGAUUGUCGAAGGGGAAGGACCAGAGGCUCAUGAAGGUGACCUGGUCGAACUAAACUAUGUAUGUCGACGUGCAAAUGGAUAUUUCGUUCAUAGCACUGUGGACCAAUUCAGUGGUGAAAGCUCUCCUGUCAAACUUAUUCUUGAUGGAAACGAUGUAAUUGAGGGCUUGAAGGAAGUCCUGGUGGGCAUGAAAGCCGGAGGGAAGCGCAGAGCACUGAUACCUCCGUCAGUAGGGUACAUAAAUGAGACAUUGAAACCAAUCCCCGAGGAGUUUGGACCACGGCGCAGUCUUCUAUCGCAUGCAAACGAGCCUUUGGUCUUUGAAAUCCAACUCUUGAAAGUAUUAUGAAAAUUUUCUUCCGGUCAAUGUUAUGAUAUAUUCGGCUGUGAUUGUUUGUUUUCUAUUGUAAAUCUGUAACACCAGCUGCUUUGAACUACUACAUGGUUAAUGCUAUGGGGAAUUUACCUACGAGUUAAAAACUGUA